AUUUUUAUUGGUCAUCCCAUAGUUUAACAAGUGGAGAAUCGUUUGAAAUGUUAAUUGUAACUUAGUUUUCUUUAAUUACUUGUAUAAUUUUAAGGAAUUUCUUUUGGUUGUUUUGGUGAUUUCUCACUUUCCUUUGUUGAUGGAAUGAAUUUUUUUUUCUAUCUCUUUGAUUGACUUAUUCUAAUUGUAAUCUUUGUUUUCCAAUUGUAUUGAGAUGACAAUUUAUUCAUUAUGUCGAUCUUUUUUUCACCUUAAUCGUAUUUCUUUGGUUAAAAGGAUUGGAGUUUCAUCUUUCUCUUCUGGUUCAAUUUCUAUCUCCUCAGGGAUUGAAAAGUCUAGUUCAGUUUCAUCGAGUCAAUUAACUGUUGAUGAUAAAUUGUCACAGUUUAAAGAAAGAGUUAAAAGUGGCCCUAAUUUUGAUAGAUUUUUCUAUGAUCCAGAUUUGGUUAAAAAGGAGAUUAAUAUUAAUCCUGAUGAACCUUUCAUUGCCAAAAGAAAUGAACCCGUUCCCUAUUUAGAUGAUAAAUAUUUAGACGGAGGCGGUAAAAAGGUUUACAUAGAAACCUAUGGAUGCCAAAUGAAUACCAAUGAUACUCAAGUGGCCUCGAAGAUAUUAAGUGAACACAAUUACCAAAUAAUUGAUAAUAUUGAAAACGCUGAGAUUGUUUUCCUAAUGACCUGUGCUAUUCGUGAUGGUGCUGAACGUAAAAUUUGGUCUCGAUUGAAUGAACUGAGAAGAUUGAAAAGUCCCUCAUUAAUCAAACAAAUCGGAGUAAUUGGUUGUAUGGCCGAACGAUUGAAAACUAAAUUAAUAGAGAAAAAUUCAUGUGUAGAUAUUGUUGCAGGUCCAGAUAAUUAUAGAGAUUUACCUAAAUUGUUAGCAAUUAACAACAUCACAAGGAAGAAUGCUGUUAAUGUGAUACUUUCAUUUGAUGAAACCUAUGGAGAUGUGAUGCCGGUGAUAAUGGUUGGUGAAAAUGAAAAGAUCCAAGUAAACAAUUGGCAACAAUUUAGAUAUGGUGAAGCUCAACAAGCCUUUGUAUCCAUAAUGAGAGGAUGUAAUAAUAUGUGCAGCUAUUGUAUUGUACCAUUUACCCGAGGAAAAGAGCGAAGUCGACCCAUAGAAUCAAUUUUAGAUGAGAUUCGACUUUUAUCAAAAGCCGGAAUUAAAGAGGUCACUCUUUUAGGACAAAAUGUUAACAGUUAUCGUGAUAAAAGUGGAGAAUCAGAAAUUUUCGAGUCAAAUUCUUACAUAACUGCUCCCGGUUUCAAGACAAUUUAUAAACCACCUCAAGGGGGAUUAACAUUCGACUUUCUUUUGGACAAAGUGGCCGCUAUUGACCCUGAAAUGAGGAUACGAUUCACUUCACCUCAUCCCAAAGAUUUUCCUGAACAAGUGAUUAAUGUAAUCAAAAAGUAUCCAAACAUUUGUAAUACAAUUCAUCUUCCAGCUCAAAGUGGUGAUAACUUAAUUCUUGAUAAAAUGAGACGAGGAUACACCAAACAAACGUAUCUAGAUUUGGUUGGUAAAAUUAAACAAUUAAUUCCUGACGUUGCUUUAACCAGUGAUUUUAUCUGUGGUUUUUGUGAUGAAACUGAGGAGGCUCAUCAGGAGACAUUGGAUCUGAUUGAAAAAGUUGCUUAUCAAUUCAUUUACGUGUUUGCAUACAGUUUAAGAGAGAAAACUCAUGCUCAUUAUCACCUUAAAGACAACGUACCUUACGAUGUGAAAACCCGCCGAGUAGAUGAAGUAAACGAUCUGUUUAGAAGAAUUUCUCUUAAAUUAAAUCAAUCGAAAAAAGGUUCCCAACAAUUAGUUCUUGUCGAAGGGAACAGUUCAAGAUCAGUCGAUGAUUUGGUUGGAAGGACAGAUAAUAAUUUACGAACAAUUUUUAACAAUCAAGAGAUUCCAAUCAGUGGAUUAACUGGUGAUACUAAAAGAAAACCAAUACCGGGAGAUUACGUUUGUGUGGAAAUAGAAGAUGCAAACAAUCAAUCACUUUUCGCAAAACCAUUAUACAUAACGAAAUUAGUUGAUUUCUAUUCUAAAUUAAAUCAAUAAUUAUAACAAAGAAAUCAAAAAGAAAACUUAUUCAAUUGUAAUGCAGCAUUUUCAUGUGAACUAAGGAUUGUGAUUCUUAAUGUUAUAAUAAUCCUCUUUCAAAUAAGAACGAGAGAAUUGAUUAAACCCUUGAUUGGAUUUUGAUUGUUACAGUUAGACAGCUAAGA